CUUCUUCUUUCCUCGUCUCCUUGAUUGUUCAUUGAUCUCGCUUCUUCGGACCUCCAAAUCUCUCGCCUCGCUCUUCCAAUCGAAGCGACCGUGUGUGAAAUCGCCUUAUGCUGCAAGGAUCAGGCUGAGAAAUCCUUUCUUGAUGCGCUCAAUUGUUGAUGGUCAAUUGCCCCAGUUUACAAAAGCUGGGAGAAAUCUUCUUAUAAAUGGAACUAACUUGUAGUUUCGGGGGAUUUAUUUGCUCUAACAUUUUCUUGGUUGUAGUGCUGGGAGAGCUGUUGCACACUGGCCUUGUUUGACAUUUGUUAAUUAUGGAUUGCUUCUCAUCGUGGUUGCUCUAAGUAUGCGGCACAUGUUCUGGGUGAUAUAUAGUCACUCAUCUCAUGACAAGAAGGGCUCUUUUGGUUGCAUAGGAAAGUAUGUGCAUCUUGAUACUUACCUAAAUACUGGUCAAAUUCUUCUCAGAGAUGGUAAAGAGCUUCUUAUUCUAAGCAGUCCUUUCGAAGUUCAGUGAUUUAUUCUUGUUUGUCAGUGAAGAAAAAAAAAUGGAGAAGUAUAAGUUCAUAAAUGAGAUUGGAGAUGGAACUUGUGGGAAUGUUUAUAAAGCACUCAACAUUGAGAACAAUGAAAUAGUUGCUAUCAAGAAAAUGAAAAGAAAGUUCUACUUUUGGGAGGAGUGCAUGGAUCUAUGUGAAGCUAAGUCUCUUCGUAAGUUGAACCACCCCAACAUUGUCAAAUUGAAGGAGAUUGUUAGACAAAAUCAUGAGCUUUUCUUCAUUUUUGAACAUAUGGAGUAUAAUUUGUAUAAAGUGAUGAGAGAUAGGCAAAAUCCUUUUACUGAGGGAGAGAUACGGAACUUCAUGUCACAAGUACUGCAAGGACUUGCUUACAUGCACAAGAAUGGAUAUUUCCAUCGUGAUCUGAAACCUGAGAACCUUUUGGUGACUCAUGAUGUAAUAAAAAUAGCCGAUUUUGGACUAGCAAGGGAAGUAACAUCGCAGCCUCCUUAUACUGAUUAUGUUUCUACGAGAUGGUACCGUGCUCCAGAGGUCUUAUUGAAGUCUUCGUCAUACACCCCUGCAAUUGAUAUGUGGGCUGUUGGCGCAAUUCUAGCCGAGCUUUUCAUGCUAUCUCCUCUUUUCCCGGGUGAAAGUGAGAUAGAUCAAAUAUACAGGAUAUGUACCAUUCUUGGAACUCCAGAUAGCAGUAUUUGGCCAGAUGGCAUUCUUCUCCCGCAUUCUACAUAUUUUAAUGUUUUUCAGUUUCCACCUGCUGAUAUCUGGGAGAUUAUGCCAAAUGCUAGCUUGGAAGCGAUUGACUUAAUCCUGCAACUAUGCUCCUGGGACCCACAAAGAAGGCCAACUGCCGAGCAAUCCUUGCAGCAUCCUUUUUUAGUAGGCACAUGGGUUCCAUGUCCUCUCCAAGAUCCCUUUCAACCAAAGAUUAAACAAGCUGGACAAAUGCCAAAGCUUGAACUAAAGUUAUGGGAUUUUAACACGGAAUCAGAUGAUUGCUUUCUUGGUUUAACAUUGGCAGUUCAACCUAGUAUUCCCGAGAGCGAUGCUGGGAAACAUGCCUUGCUACAACCAAGAGAGGACUUCUUGUUUUACAAAGGAUUCCAUGACCAGUCUAGCCAAUCAGUUUUUUGGCCCCUGCUGUCGGCCGACCGCAACAUCAAUGAGUUAACAAACAUAUCUUUGUUACCAUCUUCGUACCUACUGAGCAGCCAAGCUCCGUUAUCAACUAUCGGCGUUGAACAGUCACCUGGGUUCACAUUCCCUUCGAUGCAACCGAAUUUGCUUGACCAUGGUGCAUUUGGACCGAUGAUGCCACAUGUUCGCUCAUUCAAGUAAACCCAGUUUUGGGAUUUGUUUACUCUUUGUUGAUCCUUACAAUUACACAAGAUUAACUUUGAAGCAGUCGAUUAAGUGGCUGAAUAGAUCUGGAAAGUGUUAAUUCUAGUUUCUGUUUAUUAUAAAGUGCUUUACAGAAUAAGAGAUUCUCUUGUACAUAUCAGUGAGUAUAAUAGAACAUUGACAAUUUGUUGGUAAAUGAUAUGAUUCAUGGAUUGAACACUA